UAUAACACUGAUUUUACCUGGAUAAAGAAACACCAUGGCGGAUCCUCGACGUCCGUACGUGACCACUGACCAGGUGAAGGACAUCAUGGUGUCUGUGUAUGACUGCCACCCAACAGGAAUUACCGAACUGCCCUCGUUUAUGGACAGAAACUUCCUCGUGGAGUCGUCAACCUUUGAUCGGUGCGUCUUGAAAGUGACCAACCCAGAUGAAUCCACCUGCGACGCCAAGAUAAAGGCUCUGGUAGAUCUAACCUUGGUGCUCAAGAACAAUGGCUUCGUCUGUCCACUUUAUUUGCCCAAUAAGCAUGGCAAUAUGUUUACCAAGAGAGGAUUUCCUGUACCCUUAUUAGAUAGCCCCAAAGAAGACUGUUGUGUUCGUCUCCUCACCUACCUACCCGGAGAACCACUAGAUAGUUGUCUCCACUUGCAUCAUAAGGAGACCUACUUUCUGCUCGGGGUGCUGUUAGCGGAACUGCAUGACGUAUUCGAGGAUUUCCCAACGGAUUGUCUGCAGGUAGAGAAAGACAACAGAUGGAUUGCAGAAAAUGCCGGGUUAAUGAAGAACUACCUGCCUUCAACUCAGGAAGACGAUAUAAAGGACAUUGUGAGCAGCGUUGUUCGGGAGUUUGAAAGCAAAAUGUCGGUAAAACAAGGCUUCUUGCAAAAAGGAGUAGUUCAUGGCGAUUUCAACAUGGGCAACAUAAUCGUAAAGCCUGAGCUGUGUGGAUCCGAAAUGUCAUUGGCUGAUUGCAGAGGUGGAAAGCAGGUACUUGGAAUAAUAGAUUUCAACGAGGUCUGUUACACAUACCGAGUAGCAGAGGUCGGGCAGCUAAUAUACGGCGCGAUGCAAAAAUCCCAGGCUGGCCAACAGGAAGUACUUCGUAUAGGUGGUCACGUGAUUUCCGGUUACCUAUCCAUCCGGGCGCUCAGUUCAAGUGACCUUGACAUGUUGUAUGACUUUAUGCUGGUAUACUGCUGUCAGAUUGCUGUUCUGGGAGAGCAUUCCGUCCUUCAACAGAAGGAUGGGAACACGUACAUCCAAGGUCUGGUGGAUGGAAGUAAAAGAUGGCUGAGGAUCCUGAAGUCUGUGAGACGAGAGUCGGUGUGUGACGUCUGGAAUGAGGUCCUGGGAGAUCACGGAGUGAACGGACACCGAUGUUGAACUCAUCACAGUUUGAAACAAUAUGUACAGAAGGGUUUUUGGACGAACAGAAAUCGCAGAAUGGUUCAUUACUGGAAGUGUAACUGUGUCGCCCAAGUUCCACAUCUAAACGGAAAUUAU